AUGGCCACUCUUACUCAAGCCCCGGCGCCUGUACCCCUCGAUGUCUUCCCAGACGGGUUGAAGACUACUGGACAGCAUCCUCCGCUAUACGAGGAGCUUCAUCCCUUUGACGAAUUCCCCAAGCAAAUCUCCGGCCCUACCCUGUGGAAGGCAGAGGACUACCGAGAUGCUCCUGAGAAAUGGACGCAUCGCUUCACUGCGGAGGAGGUUGCUGAGCUGAGCGCAACAGCUGAUGCCUUCUUGGCUUCGAAGACCCCUCUCACUGGCAUCUCAAAGUCAAACUUCCCCCUACCCAAGCUCUCUGCCACCCUCACAGCCCUUCGCGAAGAUCUCCUCAACGGGAAAGGCUUCAUCCUCUUCAAGGGCUUCCCCGCCCAGGAAUGGGGUAACCACAAGUCCGCUGUCGCAUACAUGGGUCUCGGCACAUACCUAGGUUACUUCGUCUCUCAGAACAGCCGCGGUCACGUCCUAGGCCACGUCAAGGAUCUCGGCGAAGACCCAACAAAGAUCGACUCUGUGCGCAUCUACCGCACGAACGCGAGACAAUUCUUCCACGCGGACGACUGCGACAUCGUUGGCCUCCUCUGCGUCCACCGCGCCCUCGAAGGCGGCGAAUCAGACAUCGUCUCCUCCCACCACGUCUACAACACCCUUGCAGCUGAGCGCCCAGACGUCCUCAAGACUCUCACAGACCCAAUCUGGUACUUCGACCGCAAGGGCGAGACGUCCAAGGGCCAGGAGGAAUACAUCCGCACCAGUGUCGUCUACCUGGAGCGCGGCGAGAACGCCCGCGUCUACACAAAGUGGGACCCUUACUAUGUCCGCUCCCUCACCCGCUUCUCCGACGCAGGACUUAUCCCGCCUCUCUCGCCUGCCCAGCUUGAAGCUCUCCAGGUCCUUGAGGAGACCUGUCAGCGUCUCUCUCUACACAUGAUUCUGGAAGUCGGUGAUAUCCAGUUCGUAUCGAACUCGCAUGUUCUCCACGCCCGCACUGCAUACAAGGACUAUGCGCCGCCUGCGCCUCGGCGACACCUGAUGCGCCUGUGGUUGGCGACGCCGGAGAAUGAAGGAGGCUGGAGGCUGCCGUUCUGGGAUAGCAAUGAGAAGAAGAGAGGUGGUGUGCAAGUUGAUGAUACAGCCCCGGUGGCGCCGUUGGAUGCAGAAUAA